AUGUCUUUUUGUGAUGCUAAAGAAGCAGAUCUUGUGUUUCUGAUUGAUGGCUCAAACAGCAUUUCAGAAGAGAACUUUUCUACUAUGAAGACAGUCAUGAAAAAAGUAGUUGACAGUUUUAUUAUUGCAAAGGACAAAGUCCGGGUUGGGGUGGCUCAGUACAGCACUACAUUUCAGGAAGAAUUUUAUCUCAAUAAAUGUUUUAAUAAUAGUGCCAUAAAAAAGGAGAUUGAUAAAAUUGUUCAGUUAAAAGCUCGUACUUUCACAGGCACAGGGUUGAAAUUUGUCAGGAGCUUCUUUCAACCUGCCAAUGGCGGCCGCCAAUAUGAUAGGGUCAUGCAGUAUUUGAUUGUCAUCACUGAUGGGCAGUCUGAUGAUAAAGUGGAGAAUGCAGCCAUUGUUUUAAGGGAAAAUGGCAUCCACAUCUUUGUAAUAGGCAUUGGUACUUUAAAUUAUAAUGAGCUCCAGAAAAUUGCUGGCUUUUCUAACAGAGUACAUGAGUUGAAGGACUUUCAACAACUGUCACAUAAUAUGAGGAAGAUUGUCCAAGAGAUCUGUAAUCCUGGUGAUAAACCCUAUCCCGAUUGUGAGAUAGAUAUUUCUAUAGGGGUGGAUAUUUCUGAGCCUGUGAGGUCUCCAUCUGCAAUCAGUUUGAAGCAAAUAAUACAAGCAUUCUUGCCCCGGAUCCUUCAACAAAUGAGUAUAGUAAACAAUAUCAGUUGUACUGCAGUAACUCCAGAUGACAUCAGAUUCAGAUACCAAGUGUACACAGGAAGCAGCUCAACUUUGUUUGACUCAGGUUUUGAAAGUUACAAUGAUGAAAUAUUUCAGAAAUUCUGGGCUGUACAAACAACUGUGGAAACUCAUUUGACAGUGGACUUCUUGCUAUCUUUCUGGGACAGAUUGAUUAGUGAGGAUUCUGCCAAUGUGAAGGUAAUAAUUUUACUAUUAUUUUAUGUAGCAGGAAUGACCUAAAUACAUUUCAAUAAAUUUUGAGUGAUUCCUU